CUUGGAGCGAGGCAUCAUAAUUAUUCUGGCAGUCCCGCCCUGCCAAGUUUUAGCCACCACAUAAAAAUCCUGGGAACAACACACUUUCAGCUUCCGCAAAUCGUAGCGGCUUCAUCCAUCUCCUAAUCGUACACCACUACUCCGCUGGUCACCAAUUUUAUCCGCUGGAGCUGAGAUAGAAAACGUCAAGAAAAUGGUGACCUCUGUUUACGCGUCCCAAAGUCUGUUGCUUCUGGUCCAACCUUCAUGCCUCAAAUGGAGACUUCCUACUUCAAAAAAGCUAAUAAUAUCAAGUGGUUCAGUCUUUACAAUCGGACACAAAUCAAAAUCAAAACAGCCAAUGGUUACAUUUCGGAAUAGUAAAAGGGAUGCUAAUGCGGAUUUUGAAGCGGGGAAGCGGCUUUAUCUGGGGAUGGACUUUGGUACCUCUGGAGCACGCUAUGCUUUAAUUGAUGAGGAAGGGAAUAUACUUGCCGAGGGGAAAAGAGACUACUCUUCGUUUAUGGUAGCCUUUCAAUUUGAGGCAAUGAACAAGGAAAAAGUUGAUUUGGUGCAGUCCUGGAAAAAGACACUCUUCUCACUCCUCGAAGAUGUCCCUGUGAGUCUUCGGUCAAAUAUUGCAUCCAUUUCCGUUGAUGGAACUUCUGCCACAACCAUGAUCAUAGAUGGCAAAACUGGAGAAUCUUUAUCCAAGCCAUUUCUCUACAACGACAGUUGUCCUGAUGCUUUGCCAUUGGUAAAGUCCAUUGCUCCUGAGAACCACACAGUAUGCAUAGGAUCUUCUACGCUUUGCAAGCUUGUAUCCUGGUGGAACUCUUGUGGUUCAAAUAAGGAUUCCGUGGUGCUGUUGCAUCAAGCAGAUUGGUUGUCGUGGCUCCUUCAUGGCAAGCUAGGAGUUUCUGAUUAUAAUAAUGCACUGAAGGUGGGCUACGAUCCUGAAAUUGACUCCUAUCCACCUUGGCUGCUCGCUCAACCCUAUUCUUUUGUUUUACCUUCAGUGCAAGCUCCUGGUACUCCAAUUGGUUAUAUGAAAGAGGACGUUAGAACAAAUUUUGGUUUCUCAGAGAAUUGUGUUAUCUGCACGGGAACAACUGAUAGCAUAGCCGCCUUUCUUGCAGCACGCGCUACUCAACCUGGAAAAGCUGUCACGUCAUUGGGUUCCACACUUGCCAUAAAACUUCUUAGCACCAGAAGGAUUGAGGAUUCAAGAUAUGGGGUGUAUAGCCAUCGUCUUGAUGAUAAAUGGCUCGUUGGAGGUGCUUCAAACACUGGUGGAGCUGUUCUUAGGCAGAUGUUUACAGAUGAUCAACUGGAGAAACUAAGUGAAAAGAUAAAUUCUUCAGAAGCAUCUCCUCUUGACUACUAUCCCCUUCUGUCAGUUGGAGAGAGAUUUCCUGUGGCAGACCCAGAUAUGCAACCCAGAUUACAUCCUCGCCCGGAAAGCGAUGUAGAGUACCUGCAUGGCAUUUUAGAAUCUAUAGCCCGAAUUGAGGCAAAAGGCUACAAUUUAUUGAAGGAUCUUGGGGCAACCCCAGUUGAAGAAGUUUUUACAGCUGGAGGUGGAUCAAAAAAUGACAAGUGGAUAAAGAUUCGAGAAAGAGUGCUAGGAUUGCCUGUGCACAAGGCGCUGCAGACAGAAGCUUGCUAUGGAGCUGCAUUAUUAGCAAUGAAGGGUUCCUCAUUGAAAGGAAGGUAAUUUAACUAGUAGGAAACUUUGAAACUUGUUAUACUAGGAUAAACGCCAGAAAAAAUGAUUGGUUAUACCCCUUGUGUGUGUGUGUGUUUUUUUUUGCCCUUUUUGGGUCUCAUGACUCUCAGCAAUGUCUCCCUCUAUCUAAAUAUAUUCUGCGUUCC